CUUCAGUCGCUCCCCUGCGGUCUCGACCGGGGUCUGCAGACAGCCCCCGAACCCCGACCGCCGCCGGGCGCUCCAGGGACCCGACAAACGCUCCCUCGCCGUCGCACAUGUCACGCGUUCUGCCGAUGGUGCACGGCACCACGCGCUCCCCGUCGGUGCGAUACCUUCGUACUGAUGUAGCAUCGCAUGCUAAUGUUAGCUAACAACAUCAAUUUGCCCUACUCCACCCCCUUCCAGCCUGCGUGAGACGCCGAUCGUGAAAAAGGGGUGGCUGUCAAAUCACCUACUGAUCGGUAACGUCGGAAUACCGGAGGGAUUUGCCUCGUCUGUCGCUUUUGACAAAAACCCAGCAACAUAGUAAGCCCCCUCCACCUCCUCCAUCAUCUGCGUUUUCCGACUCCGGGCCCAUAAGCACAGCGAGGGGGGGUCUAACCCGGGACAUAUCGAGUCACAGCCUCCCGGUCUUUGCAUUUGUGGCCUUUAGGCUCAGUUUUAAUUAAAUUUACAUUAAGCUAACAAACGAGCGUUUGUUGUCUACCUCAACACCCCACUGCCUCCCCUCCCUCGUCGGUUAGCCUCGCUGCUACACCGUCUCUGGUUCCGCCAACAACCUCUGGAGCCCCGCGGCUCUGCUGCUCUGGACAAUCGGAGCAAUUAACGCUGCUUAGCGGCUUACUUGCAGUCGCGUACCCCGGCAGACUUUAGCAAAUAAGCUCAAUCUUUUCUGUCUAUUUGGGGGAGUCGGUUCGCCUGAGGCACGCGAGUCUGCCUUGCUCGUUGGAUCUGACAGACGGGGCAAAUAUCUCGUUAUCGAAAGCGGCGGUCAUUCUGCCGUGAUCCGCCGGUUUUCACGCACAAGGAAUCUUGCCGACCCGCACCCCCCUUCAUCCUUCACAGCAGCCGAGCCCGGAUCUCGCCAUGCCUGGUCCAGCGGCCGGCAGCAAGUCCCGGGUGUACGCAGACGUGAACACAUUGAAGAGCCGGGAAUACUGGGACUACGAAGCGCACGUACCCAGCUGGAGCAACCAGGAGGACUACCAGCUGGUUCGUAAACUGGGCAGAGGGAAGUACAGCGAAGUGUUUGAAGCCAUUAACAUCACCAACAAUGAGAAGGUGGUGGUCAAGAUACUCAAGCCAGUCAAAAAGAAGAAGAUUAAACGAGAAAUCAAGAUCCUAGAGAACCUACGAGGAGGGACCAACAUCAUCCGCCUGGUGGACACAGUCAAAGACCCUGUGUCCAGAACUCCAGCACUUGUCUUUGAAUGCAUCAAUAACACAGACUUCAAGGAGUUAUACCAGAGGUUGACAGAUUUCGAUAUCCGUUUCUACAUGUAUGAACUACUGAAGGCGCUGGACUAUUGCCAUAGUAUGGGGAUCAUGCACCGUGAUGUCAAACCGCACAAUGUGAUGAUUGACCACCAGAUGAGAAAGCUGCGUCUCAUAGACUGGGGUUUAGCAGAGUUCUACCACCCCGCUCAAGAGUACAAUGUCAGAGUGGCUUCACGAUACUUCAAAGGCCCUGAACUCCUAGUGGACUACCAGGUAACACAUGCAGAGAUGUAUGAUUACAGUCUAGACAUGUGGAGCUUGGGCUGUAUGCUGGCCAGUAUGAUAUUUCAGAAAGAGCCUUUCUUCCAUGGACAAGACAACUAUGACCAGCUGGUGCGGAUCGCCAAGGUUCUUGGAACCGAUGAGCUGUUCGGCUACCUGCGUAAAUACCACAUUGAACUGGACCCACGCUUUAAAGACCUACUGGGACAGCAGAGCAGGAAGCGUUGGGAGCAGUUUGUGCAGACAGAGAACCAACACUUGGUGAGUCCUGAAGCCCUUGACCUGCUGGACAAGCUGCUACGCUACGACCACCAGCAGAGACUGACAGCCACAGAAGCCAUGGAGCACCCUUACUUCUAUCCAGUGGUGAAGGAGAAGUGUCUGUCAAACUCGGACAAUAACAUGGUUUCCAGUGGCAACACCACAGCCCGAUGAAACACAGUGGGAAGAAGGAUGUUUGUUACCUCAACUCUGUACCCGGUGUGACAGUAACUUUGACAAGUGUACAGUUGACAGUGGAUCAAAGUUGCGCUGACCAGUUACACACUCACAGAUAUGUGCUUAUGCACACACACACACACACACACAUACACACACACACCUGCAGACACUUAUACAUACACCCUCCUUCUCUGUACCAGUCUGUGAUCGGCUCGUCCUGGUCCCUCAUCAAGCAGCCUGACCAGUGAGCAGGAAGCUGUCUUCUCUCUGCCCACCCGUCCCAACUCCGUCUCAUGUAGGUCAACAGAAAAGCUUCUCCUCAAGACAGUGUCCUUCUCUCAACCCCCUCUCUCCUCUGCCUGCCCCAACCCACCUUUGCUUCCCCGUCUAUAAACCCUCUGCUCCUUGUUUGAAUCAGCAUGGAGAAUGAACAGGAGCGCGCCCAACCCUCCCCCGGCUCCUCUCCUCCUCAAGCCAUCUCUCCAUCCGUCCGUCUGUCUGUCCUGUACUGUGUGAGCGCACCCCAUCCCACCCCGAACAGACAGACAGACAUCUUAACACUACUCCAGUUUUGAAAGUGGCAUGGUGGACUCUCUAGAUAGAAUG